AUGGGACCCAAUGAUCACACCGUGGAGAUGCAAACAUGUGAUAAAGAGGAAACUGUAGACGUUCCCAAGUACUGGAUGACAACAUCUGACCCCUCUCUUAAGCCAGUUGUAGGACAGAGAUUUGAAAGUUUAGAAAGUGGAAUUAAAUUUUAUAUAAAGUACGCUUCAGCAGCUGGUUUUGAUGUGCGCCGCAGUACAGAAAUAAAGAACAAAUAUGGUGUUUCCAUGAAAAAGUAUUUGGUUUGUUCCCGAGAAGGAUACAAGGAGGCUAAAGAUACAGAUCUAAUGGAAAGUGGAGCACCAACACACCCCAAACAUCGACGUACUUCUAACAGAGUGGGAUGCAUUGCUAAGAUAAUUUUUAGACUAAAUGGGGAGGCGUACGAAGUGGUGUCAUUCGAAGAAAGGCACACACACGAUUUAUGCGGGGACAGUUACAAACCGUUCAUGAAAAUGAAUCGGAAAUUAGAUAUUGGGCAUCAGCACUUCAUAGCAAAUUGUGCUAAAGCUAACAUUGGGCCAAGUAAGACUUUCAACCUGUAUGCAGAAAUGGUGGGAGGAACCAACAAAGAUCAGUUGAGUCGUGUGUUUUGGGCUGAUGGUGUUGCAAGAAAACAGUUUAGCGUAUUCGGAGAAGCUAUGGCGUUUGACGCGACAUACCAAACGAACAAGUACAAGCUAGUGUUCAUUCCAUUUACCGGCGUAGACCACCAUAAGAGAUGUGUUACAUUUGCGGCGGGUUUGAUUGCUAGGGAAGAUGAGGACUCACACCGUUGGCUUUUAAUCAACUUCAAAAAAGCAAUGGGCAAAACACCACCAAUAACAAUCACCGAUCAAGACCCAUCCAUGAAAGUUGUCAUUGCUAUGGAGUUCCCCGAGACCCGUCAUCGUUUCUGCAUGUGGCAUAUAAUGUCUAAAGUUGGGGACAAAGUAGGAUCCGAAAUGGCAAAGGAUACUGAGUUUCGUCGCGCGCUAAACAGUGUUGUGUGGAAUGAAAAUUGUAUGCCUGAAGAGUUUGAGAAUGGUUGGAAUGGUGUUGUGCAUAAAUAUGGGCUACAGGAGAAUGGAUGGUUGAAGCUUAUGUAUGAACAACGUGAAUCAUGGAUACCUGCAUAUUUCCAAGAUAUGUUUAUGGGAGGGUUGUUACGAACAACUUCUCGUUCUGAAUCCGAGAACAGUGUUUUCUGA